GAUCCUCCUCAACGCGCGAAGGUUGCAGGACGGUUACGACAUCAAGUACUCUGCGCCUCUCGCUGUUCUGCUGCUAGGUGUGGUCAUGACCAACAUCCUAGGAGUCCUAGACUUCCUCCACGAGGGCCACCGUUUGUCAGUGGCGAUGGCGGCAGUAGACCUGGACACGCCCUACUUGGCUGCGGCGCGCUGUCCCCAGCUGCUGCGCGGGGAGCCGGCGUCUGACUGGGAGAGACUGCGUAUUCGCAAUGCCAUUUGGCGAUCUGUGCCUCUCGCAAGCAUUUCCUUUUACAUCGCCUUGAGGGACCUCUUGGAGAUCCCUUCUUGUCAGCUGGUUGCCUCCCAGUCCAUCAUUGCCAAUGGCUUCACCGGCAUUCCGAACAUGUUCUCAGAGGCGGCCAGCGCCGGGGAGAACCCCCUGAACUUUCAGAAGGUCUACCGGUGGAAUCAGAUCAACGCCUCCGUCCGGGAGCUGCACCUAGAGCGAUACAUGAAUCCCAAGCUCUGGGAGAGGUGGCGUCGCACGGAGGCUAUGCUGUGGAGGAGUGCGCAUUGUGAGGAUUCAAAAUGGAGUGCCGGCCGGAAGCUGUACCUAGAGGAUUUGGCGGAGACAUGGUUCGUGCAACCUGUGGUGCGGCUGGAGGAUGGGCACACAGGAGGACUUGGCACAGGGAACCUGCUCAUGACAAACAUCCUGUUUCAGCAGGCGGCUCUUCGUCACCUGUCUCUGCAAAAAAGCCUCAAGCCGGACAUAUUGAAGCUGAUACGCAGAUCGAAGGGUAUGGUCUCCCGUGAAUAUGUGGGCGUGGCUUGGAUGUCCCUUGAAGACACGGUUAAUGCUUUCGAGGAGAAACUACGCAAAGACUUGCUGGAUAUGCCAGGGGUCAAGACUGCUGAUGUGUUCAGCAUACACCAGGAGAGGGAACGCUGGCAGUGGAAUCUCGGGUUCAGUUUCAUUCUGCUCUUGCAUGCAGUUUCUCCUAUGGUGAAACACGUGCAAAAGUCAAGACGCAUCCCAUCGAAGAAGCUUUUGCCAAUCGCGGUGCAUUGCAUGCUGGACAUGAUCCUUCUGGUGGCAACUCUCAUUGGCGCUUCCUUGGCUGAAAUGGCCCACGAUGCAGGCGCAAUGAUGGAUGCGAUUGUGAAUCGCGUGUCCCCGAUGGUCGAGGCCAUAAUUCGCGGCCUUGGCUCGCUGGACACCGCCUCUAUCCUGGAGGAGUCCAAGAGGGUUGCAACCGCUGUCGUCUCCAAGGAAGGCAUGAUCUUGAUGGAGCAGUUGGAGAACGAAGUUGCGCCCGCGCUGAUGAUGAGCCCUGCGGGCCUGGCUGGCAUUGGUGCAGGCGUGCUGGGCUUCUGCCUGGUCUCCCUGACUUUCACCCACUUCGUAUGCCCCGGUGAUGUCAGGCUGACACUGACGACAAAGUCCAAUGUGGCGGUUGCUGGGCCGCUUCACCUUCUGGCCACAGAGACAGAUGUGGAUGCGAUCAAGAUGAGCAAAACCAUCUUCUUGCAGAUUGUCUGUCGAACGGUUUUGCUUACCACAAUCAGCACAGCCUGCUGGUAUCCUAUCAAUAGAUCCCACGUGGCUGUCUUCUAUGGGCUGGUCUUCAAUGCCUCGCUGGAGGUUCGAAGGAUUCAAUCCGUUUGGGCGGUGAUCGCGAUUUGUCAUGUGCUUUCUGGUUUGGUUGCGUUGGAAGCCAUCUCCAGCUCCAUACCGAAGGACCUCGAGAGCAUCCUGCCCAAGGCAGGCAACUAUGGCAGCCUGGAACUGGAACCUGAAUACUGGCCAAGGACAAGCAAGAGACACAUGUAG